AUGGCCGACUCCCAAGACGACACCAUGGCCGACUCCCAAGACGACACCGGGCCUUUCCUGCCCCCGACCAUCUCUCCCCCCGUCCUCCUCUCCGGCGCCUCCCAAACCUACUUCUCGCCAGUCCCUCCUCAACUCCUCGUCGACAAUACCCCCUGCUGUCUAGGUGUCGACGAAGCCGGCCGCGGCCCCGUCCUCGGUCCCAUGGUUUACUCAGCCUUCUACCUCCCACUCACCCUCUCCGACCCUCUCCUCAAACAAAAACACAGCUUUGACGAUUCCAAAGUCCUGACCCCCGCCGUCCGUCUAUCCCUAAUGAAGGAGCUCUGCACCAAAGAAACGGAACUUCACGACAACUGCGGCUACGCAACAUCAUCGCUGAGCCCCCUGUCCAUUUCAAGCGGCAUGCUCAAAGCCAGCAAAUCCCAGAUCUACAACCUCAACCAACAAGCCAUGGACGCCACCAUUGAGCUGAUAAAGGGAAUCUACAAGCGGGGCGUCAAUGUUACGGACAUCUUUAUCGAUACGAUUGGGCAACCGGCGGCUUAUCAGAAGAAGCUGGAACGAGUGUUUCCUACGGCGAAGAUCACGGUUGCGAAAAAGGCCGAUUCGCUGUACCCUGUGGUAUCGGCGGCGUCGGUAGUGGCCAAGGUCACGAGGGAUAUUGCGCUGGAGGUGUUGUGGGCGGAUCGGAGUAAGCAGAUGCGGAAAAGGAAGAGGGAGGACGAGGCUGGGGUUGAAAAGCGGGCGAAGCUGGAGAGGGGGGAUGUGACGGGAACGACAGGCACGAAUGGGUCAGAUGCUAUGGAUGCUGACGAACCAUCACAAACACAAGCCGAGUCGCCAGAAGGAGCAGAGAAGGAAGAUGAAGAGGAGGUAGACGAAGAGGAAGGGGAGACAAACGAAGCAAUGGCUUGGGGCUCUGGUUACCCCUCUGACAGCAAAUGCGUUACCUGGCUCAAGCAAAACAUGCACCCCGUUUUCGGUUGGGGUCCAGAAUGCCGGUUUUCUUGGGGAACGGCAAAAGACAUGUUGGAGACCAAGGACGGGGUAAAGGUGGAUUGGCCUGAGGAAGAAGAGGACGAAGAGACACAAAAGCUGACCGACUUCUUCAUGGCCAAGAGGGAUUCAUCAGAGGAGAAUGUGGAUGAGUUGGGGACGUGGUUCGGUGCGCCUGCUGGGGUGGAGUGUUUCUAG